CCACGACCUGUUCUCGCGCAAGGCUGGCGUGAUUGCCGAGGAGAUUGACAGCGGUCGGCCGCGCAUCAAGAUGUACACGGACGAGGCCGGCAACUUCAAGGGUGACGCGCUCGUCGUCUUCUUCAAGCCGCAGAGCGUCGAGAUGGCCAUUAUGCUGCUGGACGACACGGAGUUCCGCUUCGAGCCGGGUCCGGCGGGGCAACCCAAGAUGAAGGUCCAGGCUGCCGACUCGAGCUACAAGAAGACAAAGUACGACGAGGACACGAAUGGCGCGGAAGGGGGCAAAGCAGGGGAGGGAGCAGAAGGUGCUGCGGCGGCGGCCCGGCCGCAGCGGAGCACCAACAACGGAGACAAGCAAAAAAUCAUCCGCAAGACGCAAAAGAUGGCGGCGAAGCUGGCGGACUGGAGCGACGACGACGUGGCAGCGGCACCCGUAGAAAGCACCUCGAAGCGGAACCGGACGGUGAUCCUGCGGCACAUGUUUACGCUGGCGGAGCUGGAGGAGGACCCGGCGGCGCUGGUGGAGAUCAAGGAGGACAUUCGCGACGAGUGCGGGAAGCUGGGCAAGGUCACCAACGUGGUGCUCUACGACGAGGAGCCGGACGGCGUCGUGGCGGUCAAGUUUUCGGACACGCAGGCCGCGCAGGCGUGUAUCCAGCUCAUGCACGGGCGGGCGUUUGAUGGAAGGAUCGUGGAGGCGGGUAUAGCGAAGCCUAGGGAGAAGUUUAAGAUGUCCAGGGGACAGGUCAGCGAUAGCGACUAGUUGCUCUGUUUUCCCUACCCCUUGGAGACGUUGGUUCCCAGAUUGAGAGGCUUGUAUGUAUAGAAUUGUAUUACUGGAGACCGCAAGGACGGGUAGUGCCGAAAGAAGUGCCUUCAAAGGCAGAAUACCACAUCAUUUUUGGG